AUGGACAAGAUUGAAAACCGACACUUGUAUGCGAAUGAUAAUGCCACAAUGCAGAGUGUGCCUAUAUCGAGAUCGUCAAAACGGGACUCUCCCACCCAGCGACCACAAGAACGACUCUCAGAGCUCUUCUCUGAGAAUGUGACUGCAAAGAUUCUGAGGACAGCUACGCAAGGUUUGACUUUGCUCAACAACAGUCCGCCUUCCAACUAUCCAGAAGUCGUCCCUCAGAGUGGUAACAACACUGGCCGAUAUGGGUAUCGAAACAUCGACUUUUGGACAUGCGGUUUCUUCCCCGGCAGCAUCUACUCUCUGCUCGAAAGAGCCACCAAGUAUCCCGCCAGCAUGACCCCAAUGAGCCAGCUUGACGUUGACCUGCCAACACUGAGGAGAAGACUCGAGUCACUCGGACGGACUUGGUCAGAUCCGAUUCAUGGUGAAGCCAGGCUCACCAACACUCAUGAUCUAGGCUUCAUCAUGAUGCCACACAUGAGGCCACGAUGGGAGCUAUUCCAUGAUGAAGCUGCCCUCAACACCAUCAUCCGAGCCGCUCAGAGCCUCCACACACGCUUCAACUCAAUGGUCGGAGCGGUCAGAUCGUGGGACGCAUUGACCUGGCAAAAGCUACCGCCCAUUACGGAUAUUGAUGAGAAUUUCAUCGUCAUCAUCGAUUCCAUGUGCAACUUGGACCUCCUCUACUACGCAGCUGCCCACUCCGGACACACAUAUCUGGCCGAUGCCGCAACCUCCCAUGCUCGCACUCUUCUCAAAUCGCACUUGAGGCCAGAGCCGCAACACUCCCGGCUUGGAUUCACGGGCACGCUGUUCAGUACCUGCCACAUGGUGAACUUCUCACCGGCUUCGGGUGCGAUAAAGGAAAAGAGAACAGUACAAGGAUAUCUUACCACCUCUACUUGGUCGAGGGGCCAAGCAUGGGCCAUCCUGGGCUACGCUCAAACUUACAUGUGGACGAGCGAGCUCGAGUUUUUGGAGGCAGCGUGCGGACUUGCCGAAUACUUCCUGUUGCGUUUGGAGACGGCGCCGGAUGCAGUGGAGAUCCCGGCCCCGGACGGUUCGGGGCGGACCAUUGGCCGAUUUGUCCCGAUGUGGGACUUCGAUGCCCCGGUCGAGGAUGACGGAGUCCCGCUCCGAGACACUUCGGCAGGCACGGCCGCUGCGAACGGCAUGCUGAUUCUAGCGCAUGCAUUGCUAGGCCUUGAAAAGCCAGAGAUGGGCGCAAGAUAUUUUCAAGGCGCCCUCAAAAUCGUGGAAGAUACGCUGGAGUAUUCCCUUGCAGCGGAGAAGGCCAGGCUUGACAUGACAGCGGACGGCGAAUUGACGGGUGUUGAUGUUGAGCAGGACGCUUCUUUUGAAGCGAUCCUGAAGAAUGCCACCGUUUCGAACAACGCGAUGAGUUUUAAGCAGAUCAAAGACCAUGGGGUAAUGGAAGUACUCAAGAAAGCCGGGCGCUGGUUCGCGCCGCCGCCGAAUAAGGCGGAAGACGGCCGUGAUGCGUGGCCCUCCCGAGCGGCCUUCCUCCUGGCCUCCAUGGGUGGCUGUGCCGGAAUGGGAAACCUGUUGCGGUACCCAUCCCAGGUGUACAACAACCACGGGCUGCAGUGGUACAUUCCAUACCUCAUGGCAGUUUUCAUCGUUGCGAUUCCGGUGUUGGUGCUGGAGAUUGCCAUAGGGCAGGCGUAUCGAGGAGGCAGUGUUGUCGCAUACAACAAUCUCAACCAGCGACUGAAAGGUCUCGGUCUGAGUCUACUCUAUGUCGGCUUUGUGGUCGGUCCGUACUUCGUCGUCAACUUGGCCUGGAUCAUGAACUACUUCCGACAGUCGUUUACUAGCCCCCUACCUUGGACCGGCCGAGGCGAGGAGUUCUUCAACCGCGAUGUCGUUGCCAACAUCGACCCCAUUGAGGGCAAUCUCACAGCAGAUGGUUCUGCUGUUGCCAAUUACACUCAGUACCCCGGCACGGCGCUUUUGGGAGAGACGGUGGGAUGGACGCUGUUCACGUGGUUUCUUUGCUGGCUGUGCAUCUUCCGCGGCGUUGGACUAACUGGACGUGUCGUCUACUUCACUAUGGGCUUGCCGAUUGUCGUAACCAUUGUUCUCAUCGGCAGAUCAGUCUCACUCGAGAACGCUGGUGAGGGUGUCAAGCUGUAUUUCGCGACAUGGAGAGGCGACCAACUCGCCAGUGGCCAGGUCUGGCAAACAGCUUGCGGUCAAGUCUUCUUUUCCACUGGUGUUGGAUUCGGUUAUUUCACUUCCUACGCAUCCUACAACCGCCAAUACUCAAACGCCGUGAUGGACUCCAUUCUCAUUGUGUGCAGUAACGUACUCUUCGAGAAUAUUGCGGCAUUUGCUGUUUUUGGUGUCGUUGGGUAUCUCGGCAUGUACCCUGACCCCGCGAACCCCAUCGGAGGCUUUACGGUUGGCUUUCUCACGCUUCCGCUUGCCGUUGCCGAGAUGCCAGGCGCGAACUUCUGGGCCGUCGCUUUGUUCUUCACUCUGAUGGUCUUGGGUUUCUCUUCAGCCUUUGCCAUGCUGGACGCCGUUGUCACGUUGGUUAUGGACUCCGGCAUCAAGUAUUCCCGCCCUGUGGUCGUCACGUCUCUGACGGUUCUGUCCUUCCUGCUGUCCCUGCCAUACUGCACUGAGUUUGGAUACUACCUUCUCACCGGUAUCGACAGGUGGACGAAUGACGUCGCAUUGGUGUUCGUCGUGUUUGCCGAGUGUGUUACGUCCACAAGCGUCUAUCGCUGCAAAGACGUCAUGGGUCAGGUCGGCAAGAUACCGUUCAUCAUCUACAACACGGGCUACAUCCUGGGUAUGGUUCUUGGUGUUGCUCUAGCACAUGCUGUUAGUCCCGGCGCUGGCGCUGGCGUGGGAUUCGGUCUCUAUGUCGCUGGCAGCAUUGUGUCGGUCCUCAUGGCCAAGACUCCUGAUUCGAUCGCACCCAGGUUCUGGGGCAAGAAUGCCUUCGUGAGCCGCUUCUGGUAUCUCGCGUUUUACUCUGGAAACCAACUUCGUCGCGAUCUGAAUGUCAUCGUCGGCAGCGGCAAGAACUGGAAUAUCCCAACAUUCUGGCCCGUUCUACUCCGUUAUGUUUCUGGACCUAUUCUCGCCAUCGUUUACGGGUUCUCAUACCCUGCCUUCUACAAGCUCCGUUACGACCCGCUUCACAUUCUUGGUUUCGGAGUCGGCCACAUCGCACUUCUGAUCAUCUUCGGCAGCUUCAUCGUGCCGAGGUGGUACGAUAUGUUGAUCCCAACCCACCGCCGAAACGAGGGCAAGCUCGGAUACGCCCCGAAUGUCACGAUUGGAGCCGACGAGGCACAAGCUGUCGCGGCAGGAAACUUGGAGGAUGGACACUCCGGAGAGACGACGGAACGAAAGGAUUCUCCUACAUCUCCACCAAACGAACUUGUGACUACCGAGGACAAGAAGGCGCUGCACUGA